AUAAAAGCAAGCUAACUAAGUGUCCCUGAACGGCCGUGGGUGAACGGAAGGUACUUUCUUCAAAGCUCUGCUUUAGAAAAGAAAAAAAAAAGGGCUGACACCAAAACAAUGGAGCCACAGAGGAAACGCUGGAAAGGGUCGGAGUGCGACACUGACUCCUGGGUUGCUUAUCCUGUACUGUCUGAUGAGCAGUCGCAAGAUGUCGAGCUGAUAGAGGCGUUUGCUGCACCAGUUCUCAACAAAAAAGAGACCUCUCGACUUGUCAGGGAGCUGAACAUCCUUUACCCACUGAACGGCCUGCAGCACAUCAAGAGGGUGCGGGCUUGCAAGGAGAAGGGGAGCCCCCACCCUCUGGAAGUCCUGGUGUGCCUUAUUGGCGAUGCACCAGACAUGAAGGUGACCAGCAUCGACUCUCUGCUGCCCCCAGAUGGAGUCAGGCAUGAUGGAUUAGGUGAGCCUUUUGUGGUUAAGGUCCCUGCACGACCUCCCUUGACUCGAACUCAGUUUGAGCUGGCGAGCAAACACUGGCCCACCUCCUUUCAUGAGGACAAACAGGUGACAGUUGCCCUGAGAGGAGAGCUCUUCAGCCCACCCCAGAAAGCUACAAUGCACAUGCACAUGAUGACUGCUUUAACUGCUGCCAAAGCUGGAAAGAAGAUGGGGAUGGAGGCAGUUGGGGCUGUAGUGGUCAACCCAGCAACAGAGAGAAUCAUCGCAGUGGGCCAUGACUGCCGAGGUGACAAUCCCCUUCAUCACGCAGUCAUGGUCUGCAUUGACCUUGUGGCUCGGAGCCAGGGUGGUGGAUGUUAUUCCUUCGACAGAUACCCUGCUUGCCGAUGGAUUUCACCAGGCUCAGAUACCUUUCCAAAUGUGCCUGAUGCAGAGGCAAGCUUUCAGCCGUACAUAUGCACUGGCUAUGACCUUUAUGUAACCCGAGAACCCUGUGUAAUGUGUGCCAUGGCGCUGGUCCACUCCCGGAUUGGCCGUGUGUUCUAUGGGACCACUUCUGCUGAUGGGGCUUUAGGGACCAAGUUCAAAAUCCACACACAGAAAGAUCUGAACCACCACUUUGAGGUUUACAGAGGAAUCUUGAGCGAGCAGUGUCUGGAUCUUAAUAUGUUAAUGGCUACAUCAAAAAUGAAUGUGUGAGCAGUGGGCCUGGAGCUGAACAGUUCUCAGGUCUAGUUACCACAUGUUUAACUAGUGUUUUACAAAAGCAUUUUGUUAGACCGCAUUUACUUUAAAUAAAGCUUUUAAUCUUAGCGAUUGUUGUAUUGACAGUGUACAACCUUUAGCAAGGUUCCCUCCAUGCUGCUAACGUUCCUGUAGGUGGGGCUGUUUGGCCAUUACCCUAAAAUUCUUUGAUUUACAGGAAGGAAUAAUGAGAAAGUCAGUGACAGUGAAGCCUAAUGCAACAUUCAACACCUACACUGUAGAUAUUUUCUUGUGAAUUCUGCAAGAGUCAGGAGGAAGAGCCCAUCUGUGUACAUAGCUCCAAAUGUGGCCAGAUUUUGUAGAGCUUUUACAGUACCAGCCAAAGGUUUGGACUGUCAUUCAGUGUUUUCCUUUGUUUUUAUUAUUUUCUAAAGACAUCAAAACUGUAAAGUAGCACAUGUAUUUAUUAAGUCAACAAAACAAUGUUUUGAAUGUUAGAUUCAUCAAAGUAGCCACUUUUGGCUUUUUCCCAGCCAGCUUCAUUUAUUUCUUGAAGGCGCUCCACAUUUGCUUAGGGCUCAUUCUGAUGUCUAAAUUAUCCCAGACCAUCUCAGCUGGAUUGUGGAGGCCAGGCUGUCUGAUGCAGAACUCCACCACUCCCCUUCCUGGUCAAACAGUCCUCACAACCUGAAGGUGCCAGUGUUUUGGGUCAUUGUCCUGUUGGUUAGUGGUCCCAUUAGCUGUAAACUUGAUGGGACACAAUGUAGCCAUGUUGGUUAAGUGUGUUUUGAACUCUGGAUACCUGGUCAGCAG